GCGUUUCGCACCGGACCUGCAGCGCGGGCGCGGAGCGGGACGGCGGCAGGACUGCGCCUGGUUCUGGUUGUUUGCUGCUUUUCGGCUGAUUUUUAAAGUUGUUUUUCCCUUUUUGACGGCUUUUGAUUUUUAUUUUUCUAAAGUUUUUUUUUUCUUUUAAAAUAUUUUUUUUUCUUUGCUUUUCGAGCACCCGCGGAGGAGUGCGCAGCCCCCCGCUACUUCACUCCGGGCACAUCUUCGCCCCUUUUGGGGGGGCUUAGCCCCUUCGCCUCCUUUUUUAACCCUCACCCCUUCACGGCCACCCCAAUGCUCAACAUGACCGAGGAGCACGACAAAGCGCUGGAGGCUCCGUGCAGCCCCACCGGCACCACCAGUUCCAUGUCCCACGUGGACUCGGAUUCCGACUCGCCGCUUUCCCCCGCCGGUUCCGAGGGUCUGGGCUGCGCCCCAGCAGCCGCUCCGCGUCCUCCCGGGGCCGCUCCGUUGGGCUCUAAGGUGGAUGCGGCCGAGGUUGACGAGCGCUUUCCCGCCUGCAUCCGCGACGCCGUCUCGCAGGUGCUGAAGGGCUACGACUGGAGCCUGGUGCCUAUGCCUGUCCGAGGCAACGGAUCGCUCAAGGCCAAGCCGCACGUCAAACGGCCCAUGAAUGCCUUCAUGGUCUGGGCGCAGGCCGCCCGCAGGAAACUGGCCGACCAGUAUCCGCAUCUGCACAACGCCGAGCUCAGCAAGACCCUGGGCAAGCUCUGGCGCUUGUUAAGUGAAAAUGAGAAACGUCCCUUUGUGGAAGAAGCUGAAAGGCUCAGGGUCCAGCACAAAAAGGAUCACCCGGAUUAUAAAUACCAGCCCCGGAGGAGGAAAAGCGUGAAAGCCGGGCAGAGCGACUCCGACUCGGGGGCUGAGCUCAGCCACCACGCCGGCACGCAGAUCUACAAAGCAGACAGUGGGCUGGGAGGCAUGGCUGAUUCCCACCAUCAUGGAGAUCACACAGGCCAGACCCAUGGGCCACCCACCCCACCCACCACCCCCAAAACUGACCUGCACCAUGGCAGCAAGCAGGAGCUGAAGCACGAGGGCCGCCGCCUCGUGGAAAGCGGUCGCCAGAACAUUGACUUCAGCAACGUGGACAUCUCAGAGCUGAGCAGCGAGGUCAUCAACAACAUGGAGACCUUCGACGUGCACGAGUUUGACCAGUACCUACCGCUCAACGGCCACGCUGCCUUGCCGGCUGACCACGGCCCCAACGCCGCCACUGGCUCCUACGGCACGUCCUACUCCCACUCUGCCGCGGGCGCUGGUGGAACCAACCAGGUCUGGACUCACAAAAGCCCAACCUCUGCAUCGCCAUCGCCUGCCGACUCUGGCCAGCAAAGGCCACACAUCAAAACGGAGCAGCUGAGCCCCAGCCACUACAGCGACCAGUCCCACGGCUCCCCCGCGCACUCCGACUACAGCUCCUACAGCGCCCAGGCCUGUGCCACCACUGCCUCCACCGCUACGGCUGCCACCUCCUUCUCCAGCUCCCAGUGUGACUACACGGACCUCCAGAGCUCCAACUACUACAACCCCUACCCUGGCUACCCCUCCAGCAUUUACCAGUACCCCUAUUUCCACUCCUCCCGCCGACCCUACGCGACGCCCAUCCUCAAUGGCUUGUCCAUCCCACCGGCCCACAGCCCCACUGCUAACUGGGACCAGCCAGUCUAUACGACCCUGACGAGGCCUUAAAGGACGUGUGGAGCUCUCCCGAGGGCUUCCCCAGCAUAUGCACUAAUGAAGGAAUGAAGAGAAGGAGUGUGGAGUGCCGCGAUAGUUUCCGAAGUGCCUCCUGAGCCACUGGGAACUCUGCUCAUUGUGACUGGAUGUCCCCUUGCUUCAAAACUCUCCAAAAGGACAGAGCUUUAUUUUUCUUUAAUGAAUACAACUUUAAAAAGGAAAAAAAAAAAUAAAAAUCAACAUUAAAAGGUAAUUAAGAGCGGGGAGGAAAAAAAUAAAGGAGGGGGAAAAGAAAAGGGACCAGCAAUUCCUUUUGAGUAAAUGAAGGACAAAGAUAUUUGACUCCUCUGUGAGGACUGAACUUACUCCUCGUGCAAGUUGACAAGUGCAAAAGUAGAGCAGGGAAGGGGAGGGUGGGGGAAGAAAGAAAGAAACAAAAAAAAAAAAGGCUGUUUUGAGACUUUGAGGGUCUAUUGCAAUGUGAGGAACUGGACCAACCUUAAGGGCAAGAACUCACCGGGACCAACACGGAGGCAACCCCCAAAAAAAUCCUCGGCUGACUCCGUGUAAUGUUUGUGGGAACAAAAAGAGUCUGGUGGGACCAACCGAUUCAGUGUCUGAAGUAUUUGUUGUUUUGUUGUGGAUUUGUUUUCAUCUUUUUUUUUUUUUCUUCACUUUUUUCCUAGUCAGGAGUACUUCUAAACAAGGUUUGGUUGUAAUUAACAUUUUGUUCCUUCUGGGUGUUUCAGUUUGGUUUGGUUUUGGCUUUUUUUUUUUGGAAGCUUAAAAUGUCUUUUGGUUGUUUUGGGUUUGUUGGGUUUGGUUUAUUUUUUUUUUUUUUAAAGAAGAAAAACAAACCCCAAUCUGUUAAAUAUUUAUGUUCUGUAUUAUUUUUGUCUUUUAAUUAAUGAAAUCAUUUUGUGCAAAAUGGGGAGGGGGGAAAAAAAAGGACAAAAAAAAAUCAAACAAAAAAUUAAGGUAGAAUUUAAAAAUAUUUUUAAAGCUGGGGGUUUGGGAGGGAGCCUAAAAAAUAGUGGAGCUGAUACAGUAAAAUGGUGUUAUGAGCUGAUAGAUUAAUAUUUUCUUUUGGGGGGGGGGGUGGGGAGGUUGGUUUUGGGGGGGAGGGUUUUGUUAGUCUCUUCUUCAUUUGGAACCGCUGCAGCAGUCGCUUGAGAGUGGGACUGAAUGAAUCUGCCCAUCGCAGACCUGGUCACCAACGGGGAAUGGAAAAUGAGUUGGGGAAAGGGGUGGAAAAGUUUGCUAGCUCAACGGAGAGGCUUAAAAACAAAACAGUUGCAGGAAGGAGCAGGAGUUUCUUUUUUCCUGGCUGUUCACAAUUGGCUUGAAGGCAUCGCAGGGUCUUUGUACACCUCCAACACCAGGACUGCUUUGCGGGACGAUGGGGUUUGAAUGAGAAAUUAUUCGACGUCUGCUUUUUACCUUUUGGCUUCUCUAGGGACCAGAUAUCAUCCAUCAAGCUGUGAAACUAAAAUCUUCUCCACUAAGGAUAUAUAUAUAUAAAAAAAAAGUGUGUAAAAAAAAACAAAACAAACAAGUUUAGGUACUUAGUUUUAGACUAAUAUUUUGUUGGUAUAUUUCUACUUCUUCCAUUGUAUGCUGAGCAUAUAAUAACCACCUAUUUUAUGGUAACUUGUGCCUUUAAAAACAAAACAGACAACUUUGUAAAUCUAAACCCACAUUUCAGAGGUUUUUACCUUUUCUACAUUUUCCUUCCUUCACUCUCUCUUUUUUUUUGUUGUUGUUUUGCCUUUUUUUGGGGUUGUUUUACUGUCUUGAAACAACUAUUUUUGGCAGAUUUCCUUUUUGGGGGUGGGAGGGUUGAGGCGGGGUGGGGGAGCGGCGGAGAAAACAACAACAAAAAAAAAGUGACAGAAAACUGUUGGGUUUUUUUUUAUGCAAUCUAUUUUUCUGUGUAAAGUUUGAGAGGCUUUUGGCUGUUACUGAUCUGUUCACUCGCUUCUGACUAAGCAAUGCUAACUUUUGUACAGAUCCAUUUGAUAAGAUUAAAAAAAAUCGCUUUUUAUCAA